AUGAAGGUAGGUCUGGCGCCAAAUACUUCUGCACUCACCCUGUUCUCGGGGCUGGGCCGUACCUACCAGGCAUCGACGACCGUCGACGACUCCCUGGGCAUUGACCGGCGGUGCUUUUCCAAUCUCUUCCCCUGUCCCAUCGCCCUCCCCGCUCGCCUCAAGGAGGUCAACGGUGUGAAGCUGGUGCUGCACGACUGCCUGCUCGACAAGGCGCUGGCCUCCACCGAGAACUUGUUCCAGGCCGCCAAGUGCUCUCUCGAGGCUGACGCCAGGUUCUACUUCGAACUCAACGGUGGCGACGCCGCGCGCUACGGCCAAGGCCGCAUGUACCUCACCACCAAGCAAAAGCAACGGCUGGUAGAGCUGGGCGUGGACGAGGCCGAGAUCAAGCAGUCGGGCAAGGACAAGUUCAAGCGCACGCACACAGGCUUUUGUCCCAAGCGAGACGACUGGGAUGAGGUCAAGCCGCUCGUCAUGCUCGUCGCCCUGCGCAUCAAGUUCAAGGAGAUGCAGCCGUUCAGGGAGUACAUGGACAACCUGAUCAAGUCGGGGCAGGACGUCUUCUUCGUGGAGCACACGAGAAAUGACAGGCAAUGGGGCGACGGAAGCGACGGAAGCGGCAAAAACAUGCUGGGCAAGCUCAUCACGCAGGUCUUCCUCGAGCUGCGCGAGGGCAGGGAGUUUGACCUCGACCUCGACUACCUCAACCGACCCAACUCCGAAUUUGUGGAUUACAACUAG